CAGUGUUGAACAGACGAGGGAACAUCACGCACCUGUGAGCGAGCUGCCUGCAGGAGCGACGAUGCAGUGCUGCUGUUUCCCCUGCAGAUCCUCCACAGCAGAAGAACCAUCGCAGCCUUUCUUAGACCGCUGGUCGCGUCCUUCCUCCCGGGUAACGAUGCUAACGAAGCCAGACAAUUUCAGGUUCAACUUCCUCCAGGAUCACAAAUGGACCUUCGGGAGGGGCCGCAGACGGCGGUCCCCUCCCAACAGCAGCGAGCCCUCCCCCACUGACAGCCAAACAUCACCAAAAGAGGAGGAGCCCCAAAAGGUGAUCGUCAGAAUUGAUCAGAUGCUGGAGGCAAAACACUUUUAUGAAGUCGGCCUGCGACUGAACCAGAAAGAAGAGGGUCUGUUUGGGGAUGUCAGGGAGGCCGAGGCACUGGCACAUCAUGAUGAAGAAGUCAACAAGCUGGCUGCAGACUACAGGGCCCUGGAGGAACAUGUCCUGGAGACUCUGAAACUGUCUCUCAGUUUGGGACAGGUCAGCUUAGAGGCUCUGACGUCUGCUGUGAGGGCCAUGAAGCAGCAGGAGGACCAGGACAAGCUGUGGUCACAGAGGGAUCACACACCUCCGGCCUGGAGGCCCAGCGGCUGGGGGAAGCUCCACGACUCGACGCUUCGCAGCUUGGUGGAGGAGCAGAUGGACACGGACCCUCAGACGCCUCCUGUUGACCAGGUGGACCAGUCUACGAUCCAGGCGGACCUCCACAGCAUGGGCAGGCGGCUGAAGGAGGACCUGCAGUCUGUGGUGAACGUGCUGAAGAACUGCUACCCUCCUGAGCUGGACAUCUGUAAUUUUUACGCCAGCUUGUACCAUGAGACCCUCAGCGCCAGACUCAGGAAGAUCGCAGACUUUGGUCUGGAUGACAAGGACUGCACCUUCCUCCUGCGCUGGGUGAACGAGUACUAUCCACAAAUCCUUCAGAAUCCAGAGCUGGCCAGCGAGAUCAAUGUCGAAUCGCUGGGAAAGCUGCUGCCGAAAGAGUCACUGGACCCUCUGGAGCAUCAAUACCUGGACAAACAGCAGAGUGAGCUGACAAGGUACGUCGGAGCUAUUCUGGAGGAAGCAGAGCAGGAUUGGAAUAAAGGAGAGGAGCCAAAAAGAGAGGACGGCUGCUUCGUCAGCACUGUGGCCUACGACAUCAUCCAGUUUAUCAAUGGUAUGGUGACGUCAGCUGAGCGAGUUGUUGGAGAUCUGCACAAGGCUCAGAAGAUCACGGUGCAACUCAAAGAUUUAAUGCAGAGGUUCAAGAUCUUCCAGAACAACAUCAUCAAGAAAAACACACCCAACAGCCAGCCACUCAUCAAGGCAAACCUCGGCUGUAUCGAACAGUUCAUGGACUUCUUUGAAAAGAAGAGCCAUCUGUUCACGGAGGACGUGCAGAAACACUGUCUGGAUGUUUUGAUUGACAUGAAAGAAUCUGCCCACACAUAUUUAUUAAAACCUGUGCACAAUGGCCUCAAGCCGCAGUACCGCAAACUGGGAACCAGCGACUGGCUGAAUAAACCCCUGUUUGAGAAGCUGCUGGUCAGCCUCGAAAAAGAGCUUCAGGAUCUUCAGGGCUCGACUGAAUCUUGUCACCAGAAGCUGAUUGGCCAGCUGCACCAGGAAGUGACGGCAGAAUAUGUGAAGAGGCUCCUGAAGGGACAAAUCAAGCUGAAGGACAUGAGGCAGCAGCUGAAGGCCUACGAGACCGUGAAGGACGACGCAGAGAGUUUACACGAUUUAUUCGUCAAAAUGGGAUCACGGGAGGACUGGCUGAAGGAAAUCCUGAACAAGAUUGCAGAAGUACUGAAACUCCAAGACCUCCCCGCCCUUCAGAUGCAUGUCGUCUCUCUGGGAACGUCAUAUCCUGACCUCAGUGAGAAACAUGUUGCGGCUCUGCUCAAGCUCAAGACCAACCUCACGAAAGACAACAGGAGAAUAGUCAAAGACACUCUGUCGGACACUUUGAGGGAAACAAGUGGCGACGCUGAUUCCCGUCCGUUUUUCUCCGGAGUUCAGGUCAAAUGAACCGCAAACUCCUUAAAGUCUUUCAGUUCUCCUCAUUUUAACAACAUGUGAAGGUUUGGCUGUACAGUGUUAUGUAUCUGUGUGUUAGAUUUGUGUGUGAGAGUUAUGUGUUAUAGAUUACUGUCUGCAGACGCACUGUAAAAUGAUGGGAUGAGUGUUUUAGUCGCUGUAUGAGUGUGUAAGCUACAGGUCACAUCAGUGCCAGUAAACGUGGUACUUUUUACUGCUGAGUGUGUGUUUUUGGAAAGGACCAGUUCAGUGUUUGCAAGUGUAAUUCUCUGAAAGUGUAUAUAUAGAUUUUUAAAAAAUCAACCAAAUCAGUGUAGUUUAUUUUCAUAUUGUGUGCAAUAAAUGUAGAGGUAAAGCUUUCAUUUUUAUAGGUUUACAUUUUUUUAUUUAAUGUCAUAUGA